UCCGGCCACAUCGCGCGCUCCCGGGCCCGCCCGGUCCCCCAACAAAGGGCGCGAGUUCCGGGUAUCCCAGCCCACUGCCCUGGGGCCCCAGCCAGGGCCCGAGAGGCUCCUGCCCUCGACCGCUUCGCAGUGUCAGCGGAAGAGGCAGGGAGCAGGUCCACAUGGUCACGGGCGCGCCGGUGAGCGGAGCGCGGGCGGGGCUCCCGGAGGUGGGGUCCCCGGGGCGGGGCGCCACCGGGACGCCGGCCGGCGCAUAAUCUCGCUGGAGUCGCCAGAGUCCACACUCCGUCCCGAGAUGACGGCGAGCAAGCGAGUGGCGAAGGAGCUGGAGAAUCUUCAGAACGAGCUCCCCCCAUACCUAUGUAACCUGUCCAGUGAUGACAACAACGUCCUGGUGUGGCAUGCAGUCCUCCUUCCUAAAAAGCCACCCUACAACCUCAAGGCCUUCAACCUGCUCAUCAGCUUUCCUGAGGGGUAUCCACUCAUGCCGCCCACGGUGAUGUUCACGACCAAGAUCUACCACCCCAACGUGGACAGCAGCGGCCGGGUUUGCCUGCCCAUCAUCAACAAGGAGAACUGGAAGCCUAACACCAAGAUUAGCCAAGUCUUGGAGGCCCUCAGCGUGCUGGUGAAUAGGCCGGAGCUGGAGCAGCCUGUGCGUGUGGAGCUCGCCGACCUGCUAGCACAGGACCCGGAGCUGUUCUACAGGGAGGCCGAAGAGUUCACCCUCAAGUUUGGAGAGAACCGGCCCUCUUAACUCUGCUCCCAAUCCUCUAUGCGUGAUGGACACGCACACAUGGACCGGGGGCCAGAGCCCGUUCGUGGCCCAUUCCCUGCUCAUUUUUUUCCUUCUUAGGUUAUGUAUGUAGUGUGUAUGGACUCAGUCUCAGGUUCACCUGGCCACAGGUGUGCUUUCCCACUCCCUCUCUCUGAGCCAGAGUCAGGCAGUUUAGGUUCGCAGAGUCACGGGCCAGCUCUCCAACACUCUCUGACGGGGAUCCUGGUCUCACGGAUCCUGGUCUCACUAGUCAUUCUAUCUUAGAGAUGCAGGUCACCUUCCAGGCUGGCUCACAGGAAAUGAGCCCAGCAGCCAACCAGAAUCUCCCUGAGGCCCAGGCAUGGGGGGCGGGGGAGGGGUGGGAAGUGGGGAGUAGGGGUGAGAGGCGAGACACAUGGAGGGAGUCACUUAUGAUUGGGCACUUGGUUGAUGAUGUGAUUGAAAUCAGCCAGGCUGCUGAUAGAUGUAUAGUUUAGGUGCUAAACCUUUCUGUUCCAGUGAUGAAUCACUAAGUGGUGCAUAUGAUCUCCAUCCCAGAAAUCUGACUACAUGGUUUCAAAGCCACUUGCAGCCUC